CCAUUUGUGGGGUUUGAACUUCAAAUCAGAGUACAUAUAUUUUGCCCUUUCAUCACUUUGAUUCAACUCUGCGGGAACACCGAAUCAUGCAGACGCCUAAAGCAAGUAGAACAAGCUCUGCAGAAGCGCCUCAGAGAAAAUCUCCUGCAACACCUCGGACUGCUCGUCAACUGAAGAUACCAAGAUCUGAUACGGACACAGUGUCUUCACCAAAUACUAAAAGUAGGACACCCAAAGAUAGAAGUCCAAAUGUUGCUGAGCGCAGAGUAUUGAGAAGCCCAGUACCUGAGAAGAAGCAACCAAACAGAGUGACUGAACUGGAGUCGCAACUCACUCAACUUCAAGAGGAUUUAAAAAAGACGAAAGACCAGACUGCUUCCGAGUCAUGGAAGAGGCGAGCCAUGCAAGAGGCUGAUGAGGCCAAGAAGCAGCAGUCAGCAAUGUCAGCCAAGCUCCAAGAAACCGAACAGCAAUUGCAGGAAAUUUCUGCCUCUGAGGAUGACCGUGUGCAAGAACUCCGUAAAAUUUCUCAAGAACGAGAUCGAGCAUGGCAAUCUGAACUUGAGGCAGUCCAGAAACAACACUCAAUGGAUUCUGCUGCCUUGGCUUCUGCCAUGAAUGAAAUUCAAAAGCUUAAAGCUCUGCUGGAAAAGACAUGUGAAUCUGAGGCUGUUCAAAUUAAGCACACUGAAUCCGCACAUGCUGAGAUUCAGAACAUGAGGAUCGAACUAACCAAAACUCUCUCCUUGGUUGAAAAACUUAAGUCUGAGCUCGCUGAUUGCAGAGAAUCUGAGUCCAAUGCUCUUGAAGUUGUUCGAAAAACUCAAACACAACUCGAAGCAGCAAAUAAAACGGUCGCAAUACUGCGCUCUGAAGGGACUAAAGAAACUGAAGCUCACAACACAUUAACGCUGGAAUUAGAGCAAUCAAAAGCUAGAGUUAAGUCACUGGAGGGACUUGUGAGCAAGCUCCAGGCUGAAUUGAUUGGUAAUAGCAGCAAAACUUUUGAGGAUUCCGAAGACGAUAAACAACAGCAGAAUGUAGAAAAUGAGGACAAACCAAAGCUUAACAUGGAGCUUAAUCUUGCAAAACUUGAAGUGAGUCAAUUGAGAUCAGCACUAGAUGCAGCUGAGGUUAGGUACCAUGAAGAAUAUAUUCGGAGCACACUGCAAAUUAGAGGUGCAUAUGAACAAGUGGAGCCCAUAAAAGCGCAAUCAUGCCAGAAGGAAGCAGAACUGGAGGAAGAAUUAAAGAAAAUGAAAGCUGAUGUUGAUGAACUGAGAGGUAACUUAAUGGAUAAGGAGACUGAAAAGCAGAGUAUUUCUGAAGAAAACAAGGGGCUGAAUUUGAAGAUUGAGAAAAACCAGUCUGGCCAAAGAGAAUCCGAGCUUGCAAUAGAGCUGAAGAAAUUAGAGGCAGAUUUGACAGAACUAAAAGCAAAUUUGAUAGCCAAGGAAACAGAAUUGCAGGUCAUAACUAAGCAAAAUGAGAUGCUCAAAAUGGAAAUUAAGAAAAUGAAAACGGAUAGCAAUAAAGUUGAAGAGUCUGUUGCGUUGUUAGAAGCAGCACGGACUGCAGAGCGAGAGGCGCUGAUGAAACUUGGCUAUUUAACUGAGGAAGCAGAUAAGAGUAGCCGAAGAGCAGCACGGGCGACCGAGCAGCUCGAUGCAGCAGAAGAAGCAAAUACCGAGAUGGAAGCCGAGUUGCGGAGACUGAAGGUGCAGUUAGAUCAAUGGAGAAAGGCAGCUGAGGCAGCUACUGCCAUGCUUUCGACUGGGAACAGCGGGAAACAUUCGGACAGGACAAAAUCUCUCGACAGAAACUAUAACCCCAGAACUGGUUUGCCGAACUUGGAAGAAAUGGAUGACGACGAUUCAUCCAAGAAAAAGAAUGGAAACAUGCUGAAAAAGAUUGGCGUGUUAUGGAAGAAAGGCCAGAAAUAAUAGUAAAUG